GUCUUUGACUGUGAUGGCUGCACUUGUCCUCGUCAACGGGUCAGCGACAGGCAGUUGCAAUGCGUCAUCAACUUAAUGGUGUACUCAUUGCUUAGUCUGGUUCGUUUACCAAGGCCGUGAAUUCAGACUGGAUCGGUCUACAACAGAAAUCCAUGCUUCUCAUUUGCUUCUACCGGUACUUCUGCACCAGCGGAGCCCUUCUUGCCCAACCUACCAGAGCUUACCGGUAUAUUGCCUCCACAACGAAGAGAUCUGGAGUGCUCCAUUGAGUCUCAACAUCUAUUCUGGCCGGCCACUACGGUAUCCUUGGGAGCUAGGUCUAUUUGUCUGCAGUCUGUGCCAGUACCAGGUACGGUACCAUAGCAUGGUCCUGCAGCCCAGUAAGCGAAAGCCCUAGCCUUAAUGUCACUUUUGGCGGGUCUGAAAAAGUGAGAAGUGUUUUCUUCCUUCCCUCAAAACCCCACAAAACUAAAACCAAACAACAACAACUUCAAAGCACCAAAUACGCCAUGACACUCUUCAUCCGAAAUCGAUCCGGAGAAGUUGUGGCUGAACUCAUUCCGAACUUUGCGACCGAGGUGCUGGGCUUUGAUCCACGCACAUUGAUUGGAGAGCUCAACGAUGGCUACCCUGUUCGGGAGGAUGGCGAUGCCAUUGUCCCCGGCGAACCGCAGUGGGUCCACGGCUCUCAUCCCAAUCUGAACUAUCGAGGAAACCAACUCCGCCGAACCAAAAUGUGGUUCCAAACAGGAUCUACCAAAAAGCGUGUCCGAGUCUACAGCUACACUGGUUUUCAAUACGGUGUCUUGGCGGCUCAGUUUGAUGUCCAGAAAGUCCCAAUCUUGGAAGAGAUUACCACGAGAUACAAUGAGUGGAUCAGUAGCAGCAGCAGGAAUAUACCUUUAGCCAAUCAUGGCAUUGUCACUCGAUACGAGGAUGGCAAUGACAAUAUUGGGAUGCACUUUGACAAGGCAGCAUCCAUGGAUGCCAACUCUGUCAUUUGCGUUGUCAAGUUGGGACCUGGAUCUCGUCGUUUUCGCAUUGAAGACCUGGAAGGGACGGUUCUAUUUGACCGCGUGGUGCGGGCCGGGACUGCUAUUGUCAUGUCGGUGGAGCAGAAUCUCAAGACUCGUCAUGGUGUUCCUGUUUGCGAGAAUUGCCGGGAAGAGUCGGGUUCGUUGGUCUUUCGAACCAUUGUGAGGGAGGACUCUGUGGCGGAGGCAUCCAAGCGUGCCGCCAAGACGGAAUUGGCCAGGGAAGAACGCAAGAGGGCCAGGCUGGUUGAUGGAAAGUAGUGUAUGAGAUGCGGUGGUAGAUGGUGGUAUUGUUGGUGCUGGCAGGUGGUUGGUACUAUCUA